CUCCUGGAGGCGCCGGCCGCAGCCGCCGGGUGCGCACCUGCCCCGCCUCCGCCAGGCGGGCCGCGGGGCCUGCAGCCGGCUGGGGGCGGGGCUCUGAGGCCGGGGCGAGGCGACGGGCUCCCGUGCAGUCUCCGCCACCUGGACUCUGCCGCGCUCCGGAUGCUGCUCGUGGAUGCCAACCGGCCAGAGCCCGUGCGCGGCGGGGCGCGCGAGCUCGCGCUCUUCCUGACCCCCGAGCCCGGGGCCGAGGCGAAGGCGGUGGAGGAGACCGUCGAGGUUAUGCUUCUCAGGCUGGAAGAGUUUUGCAGCCUGACGGACUUGAUCAGGAGCGACACUUCACAGAUCUUGGAGGAACACAUCCCAGUCCUUAAGUCCAAGGUGACGGAAAUGCGUGGCAUCUACGCCAAGGUGGACCAGCUGGAGGCCUUCGUCAAGAUGGUCGGGCAUCACGUUUCCUUCCUGGAAGCCCACGUGCUUCAGGCUGAGCGGGACCACGGGGCCUUCUUGCAGGUCCUGCGGAGGUGGCUGGGCCCCACGGGUCUCCCCUCCUUCAAGAACGGACCACAUUCCCCUGCAUCACCGGGAAAGACGCCCCAGUUCCCUGCAUGGAGCUUGCUGGAUCCCGAGAUGCCGUUGAGUCUCUUAGGAUGACUUCUCGUUCGUUCCUUCAUGGUUGCGUUGAUCUCCCCCUUUCUGGAAGGCUUGGUCCUUGAGGGAGGAGGCAGAAGUCCCAUGCCAAAGAACAGGUCUGGGAUGAGGCCCGGCAGUCCCAGGGGAGGCCACAUGGCUCUGGCCUGGUCACAGACCCUGGAGGACCUCUCCCGGGCCCCUCCCCUUGCCUGAGUCCUCAGGGUCCUGAGAAGAAGGGACCUGCCUUUUCAGGAUCACAAAAUGCUCUUUGACCCCUAACCACAUGUCAGGACGAGAGAGCUGGUCUUUGACUUGUCAUUAUUCACCUGAAUGUUGCAUUUUGUAGACACCACAAUGGCCAGUGAUCAGGAGAAACGGGGUGAAGGUACUCAACACGGCGGGGUCACCCGCAGGUUGCAUCCCUCGGGCUGUGAGAUGUGUCCGCGGCUCAUUUCCCAGCUGUGCUCUGGUCAUGAUGCGGCUGGGGGACUGCAU